GGACUUUGGAAACUUCAAAUGGCCAAACUACUACAACAGCCACCCAAGUUCUUGCGCGCAGAGUGGCAAAUUGCUAACAAAAACCAGUACCACAGAGCCGAAGCCCAAAGGUCCCGGUCUGAACGCCUGGUAGCAGAAAGCCAGAGACUUGUGGACGAAAUUGAAAAGACCACAAGAAAAUCUCAAAGCGAUGUGAAUAAGAAACUAGAACAGAGACUCGAGGAAGUCAGGUUCUGGAAGAAGGAGUUAGAUGACAAACUUGAGCAGCUGGUGUAUGCAACUGAAGACCUACUCCUCUAUCAGACCAGAUUGGAGAAAGCCCUUGAGAGCUUUAAAGAGCCCUUGCGUAUCACAGAGAAAUGCUUGGAAUACAGGGAGAAGCGGGUUGGCAUUGACCUGGUCCAUGAUGAGGUGGAACAGGAGCUGAUCAAGGAAGAUGAGAUCAUCCGGGGAGUAAUGACCCUCCUGACCCGCACCCUGGAGGAGACAUCCGAGCAAAUCAGGCUGAACCGCUCUGCCAAGUACAAUCUUGAAAAGGAUUUGAGGGACAAGUUUACAGCCAUAACCAUUGAUGAUAUCUGCUUCUCACUCAACAACAACUCACCAAACAUCAAGUAUUCUGAGAACGUCGUGAGGGUUGAACCAAACUCUGUGAGUCUGGAAGACUGGCUAGACUUCUCCAACACCAACGUGGAAAAGGCUGACAAGCAGAGGAACAACUCCCUGACGCUGAAGGCCCUGGUGGACCGAAUCCUGUCCCAGACCGCCAAUGACCUGCGCAGGCAGUGUGAUGUGGUGGACACCGCCUUCAAGAAUGGGCUGAAGGAGACCAAGGAUGCCAGGGACAAACUGGCUCUUCAUCUGGACAAGGUCAUGGAAGAGAUUGCCUCCCAGGAGAAAAACAUUAUGGUUCUUGAAAAAGCCAUCCUCGACCAAGAAGGGCCUGCCAAGGUGGCUCACACGCGCCUGGAGACCAGGACACACCGGCCUAACGUGGAGCUGUGUCGAGAUGUUGCACAGUACAGGCUGAUCAAGGAGGUCGGUGAGAUCACCCACAAUGUUGCAAGAUUGAAGGAAACACUAGCCCAAGCUCAAGUAGAGCUGAAGGGCCUGAACUGCAGGCAGCUGGCCCUGCAGGAGGAGAUCCAGAUCAAGGAGAACACCAUCUACAUCGACGAGGUGCUGUGUAUGCCCAUGAGAAAGUCCAUCCCGCCUUGGGACGGGGAUGAGCACAGGAAGUGGGCGGGGGGCUCCCAUCCCGAGGCUGUCUGCUGAAUGGGGGAUUCUCAUUAUGCUGUUUCUCAUUAAACCAUGUCCUGAAACAGGA